UAUAUAUAUUCUUCCAAAAUCCACUGUCUCGACUAAUCUGAAUUCAAACAUUAUAGAGCUUAAAUCUGAGACUUCUAAGAAACUACCCGUAUCAUCCCAUGGCGUGGUAAAAAAGAUGCUGAUUUUGUUGUUCAUGUUCAGAGUUGGUGUUCUUAAAAAAAAAUUGUUCUUUACUUGCAAAGGAGUUUAAAUGCAACAGAAAAAGGUCUUUCCAUAUUCACACUUAAGCUAAAUGCUCGCUUUCUUACUUUCUCCUUUUUCUCUUUUUCCCUUCUGAAGGUCCAUUUAAUCUGAGCUUGGCCCUAGCUCACCAUGCAAAUGAAGAAGCUCUUUCUCCCUCUUUCCUUUUCUUUUUCUUGAUAUAAUCCAUCUAUCUUUUUUCUUUCAUGGGUUUUAUUUAUUUAUUUUUGAAACUUGUUUGAUGGGUUAGUUUUCUCCAUUGCUGGUGUGGUUCAGACAGCAGAAUAAGCAUUUGGGUUAAAGAUGGGUUCCACUUGUAGAACACGAAUGGGUCUGCCUCUAAUUUUCUUGGUCAUCAUUAUAAGUUCAAACUUCAUAGCAGCACAAAUAACAGUUCAAACCAAUAGUUCUGAGCCAGGUACUAAUUUGGUUGAAACAAACAAUUCCUCACAGUCAGAUGACACAGUGAGAGUGGAUCCUCUGGAUAGUUUCAAGAAAUACAGGGGAGGAUAUGAUAUCACAAACAAGCACUAUUGGAGUUCAACUGCAUUUACAGGAGUUUCUGGUUAUGCCAUUGGAGUGCUGUGGCUUCUAGCUGGAAUGAUAUAUGGAAGCAUUCUUCUAGCAAAUACAUACUGUUGUAAACCAAGAAAGAAAGAAACCAACAAGAAAAACUUGCCUUGCCAUAAACAAUGUUACUUCUGGCCAAUUCUCCUGGCAAUUGUAUUCACUGUCUUGGCAAUAACUGCAUCUGGGUUAGUCCUUGGAGGGAAUGAAAGAUUUCGUUCGCGAGCGAAAACUGUAGUAGACAUCAUCAUUGACACAGCAGAUGGAGCUUCAGUAACAAUAUAUAACACAACAGGAGCAAUGAAACAAAUAGUAGAUAAUUUAGCAGAAUCUAAUGUAAGUGCAAAUCAGGCUUCUGGUUUUCUUACAUCCACAUCAGAGAUGCUUGAUGAUCAAGCUGCUGAUAUUGAAAGGGAAGCUAGGAAACAUAGGCGUAUGAUCGAGAAAGGCCUCAAGAUAGUGUAUAUAAUAACAACAGUCAUUAUGUCCUUGAACUUGGCUGCUGUGAUAGCUCUUUCAGUUUGUGGAACCCUGCGCCUACGACGAGCUCUUAACCUACUUAUUGUACUAUGUUGGAUUCUGACAGCUCUAUGCUGGUUGUUCUUUGGGUUGUAUUUCUUCUUAUCAAAGUUCUCAGGAGAUACCUGCACAGCUCUUGAAAACUUCCAGGAAGAUCCCUACAACAACAGCUUGAGUUCGAUCCUUCCUUGCGAUGAAAUGCUCAAAGCAAAGCCUAUAUUGACUGAUGUCAGUGCAGGGAUCUACAACAUUGUUAAUCAGGUGAAUGAAAAUAUAUCAGUAGUACAAGUAUGCAAUCCUUUCUCAGGACCACCCGAGUAUCAAUACCAGGCAAACAAUUGCCCUGAGAAUACAAUUCGAAUCGGAGACAUCCCAAAGAUCCUGGAGCCACUAACUUGUUCAGGCACCAACAAUGGAACGUGCAGUACUGGACAGUUCAUAUCAGUGAAUGACUUCAGAACAUUGGAAGAUUACACAAGCUCAAUCCAGAACCUGUUAAAUGCAUAUCCAGGCAUGGAAAGCCUGGUAGAAUGCCAAUCUGUUAGUGCUGCAUUUUCCGAAAUCCUGACAAAUCACUGCAAGCCAUUGAAGAAAUAUGUUAAAAUGGUAUGGGGAUCAAUGCUGUUUCUGUCAUUGAGCAUGGUGUUUCUGGUUCUGAUAUGGACAGUUCAAGCUCAUCAUGAACAAGAACAUCAUUCUGCAGAUGGUUCUGUGAAACCACAUUCUGCUGCAGAGAAUGAAGUGGAGUCUGGAAAAAGAAAAGUAGAAGCAUAGUUUAUUACUAGUCUACAUUUUUUUUCCAGAUUGAUAUACUUUUCCUGGAAAAUCUACGCACAAGCAGGAUUUCAGGAGAAAUUGACAGUAGGAUCAAGAAUUGAAGGUACAGAUUGUAUAGGCAGAUGCACAAGAAGAUGGAAGAAAUCAAGAAGAUUAUAGAGGUUGAAUUUACCUAUGAAGAGGAGGUAUGUAAUUUGGAGAAGAAUCAGAAUUUUUUUUUUUCUUUUUCAUAGAAGAGAAGCUACAGAGAAAUUUUUUUUUUCUUUGAUUUGUAUAAGAUCACAGCAAGGGGACCAACCCCAUUAUAGUGUGCAAAUUAAAUUACAUAAACAAUAAUAGAAAGUCCAAUUCAGUUGAUUGAA